AUGCUACUAGAGAGAUAUAUUGCAGGCCAACAGACUCCUGCUCUCGGCCAACCUACCGCCAAUAUAGCUGAGACGAGCGAGCACUAUCUACAGGAGACACAAGAUCGGUAUGACGCGGAACGCAAAAAACGCCUGCGCCCAGAUGGACCAACCCAAUAUGUGGGCUUGACCGAUGAAGUCACCAACAAUCUUCAUUCGAAUGAAAAUAUCGCGAUCGACAACAACCUGCUCCAGCAGAACAAGGUCCGAAUGGUCAUCGUCGGCGCUGGAUUUGGAGGACUGCUCUUUGCGGUGCGACUACUCCAGUCUGGAUUUCUUCGUGCCACUGAGAUCCUCUUCGUGGAUACAGCAGGUAGCUUUGGCGGAACGUGGUGGUGGAACAAAUAUCCCGGAUUGGCCUGUGAUGUCGAAAGUUACACUUACAUGCCCUUACUAGAGGAAACAAAUUACAUGCCGUCGCAGAAGUAUGUCAGUGGGUCCGAGUUGAGAGAACACGCGAAUCGCAUUGCGGAUCAAUGGCAUCUCAGUGAACGGGGGUUGUUCCAGACCAAGGUCAAUCAUUUGGUUUGGAACGACCGGGAUCGUCGAUGGACAAUCCAUAUCACACCACAUUGCCAAUCACCCACUACGAUACGAUCCGAUUUUGUCAUCUUAGCUACCGGACUACUCAGCUCUCCAAAACUACCAAAAUUGGAUGACCUCGCGAACUACAAGGGAAAGGUUUUCCACACCUCUCGCUGGGACUAUGAUUACACUGGAGGAAGUCCAAGCAGCCCAACUAUGCAUGGACUACAAGACAAAACAGUUGGAUUUGUCGGAACUGGCGCAUCUGCUAUACAAGCAAUCCCACACCUUGCCCAGUGGGCAAAGAAAUUGGUUGUGUUCCAGCGCACACCGUCUGCUGUAGAUUGGCGUCAUAAUCACUCCACCGAUCGCGCCUGGUGGGCGAAAAUGGUCCAAGCAGCAGGCUCUGGGUGGCAGCGAGAGCGCAUGGAGAAUUUCAACGCCUUCCUUUCGAAUGAGAGUCCGCUCCCAGACGUAGACCUUGUCGAUGAUGGUUGGACUAAGAUGCAAUCUUUCAGUGUAUUGAUCGGGAGUCCCUCUGGCCUUGACCCGGACCAUCUGACGCGGAUGCGCGAGUUGGACUUGCAUCGCCAAGAGGCGAUCCGCCAUCGCGUGAAAACCGCGGUAACGGAUCAAGCGACUGUUUGGGCUCUGAAGCCGUGGUAUCCCGGGUGGUGCAAACGGCCGUGCUUCAGUGACAAGUUUCUCACGGCAUUCAACCAGUCUAAUGUCUCCCUGGUAGACACUAAUGGGAAAGGGAUCCGCAAUAUUACAAAUCGCGGGAUCUUAGUAAAUUGCCAAGAGUAUGAUUUAGAUGCCAUAAUUUUUGGGACCGGCUACAGUCUUGGAGGCAGUGCCGAUCUUGGGGAUCUGAUUGUGACCGGCCGUGACAAUCAGAUGCUCCAAGAAAAAAGACAGAAGGGGCUGGCUUCACUCCACGGAGUCAUGACCAAUGGGUUUCCUAACCUAUUCUUUUCGGGUCCGUAUCAAGCAGGAGCGACAGCAAACCAGGUCUAUGUCCUUGAUCAACUUGCCGUUCAUGUGGCCCACAUCAUCUCCGAAUCCGGCAAGGUAAUCUCGGAGAAAAACCCGAAUGUCACCGUCCUCAAGUUUACUAUUGAGCCUAGCUGUCACGCAGAAGGAGAAUGGACUUCCAAGGUUUUGAUGAGAGCGCGAGCACUGGGAGGUGUUUUACAUUGUACUCCGUCGUACUUCAAUCGAGAAGGACUGCAAUUUGAGGACCAUGAAGCCGUGCAGGCGGCACAAUUCAGUAUCUGGGGAGAGGGGAUCAAGAGUUAUGUGAAAGAGAUUGAGGAUUGGCGACAGACGGGCGGAUUGGCAGGACUUGAUAUUCAGCCUCGACCUGAGGCAUAG